CCUCAGACAAGGGGAAUGUAAGCAAAAGAAUUGACAGAACUUGACUGCCUCCAGAACUUUACACCAUGAUCAUUUUGGCUCUGUUCAUCUUCAUGACCCUGGCAGAAGUGCCCAUUUGGGCAGAAGUUGUUAAUAAUUUUAACGGGUGCCGUAAGUUCUUUUAUAAGCGCACUGAACCACAGGGAAUGGAUCAAAAUGCCAAGAAAAUCUGCCAGAAAUAUAAGAACGGUGGGUGUUUCUAUGCUUCACUUUACUCAACAUACCACAAGAUUCCUGUGUACAGUGCCUACAUUCUUGAUAACAACUGUCGCAGCCAGGAUGGACGAAAAAGCAGCAACUGGUUCAUUGAACCUCAGGAUUGGGAUGGGCCUCCUAAUGAAAGCUCCUCAAGUUAUUCAUCAGGAGUCAAUCGCUGCCUUCUACGGGGAGGGGCUUCAUCAUUGUCUUCUUCAUCCCUCCUCCUCCUUAUCCCGUGGCACUGGACAGGACUCAUCAUACUGACAACAGGAACCAGCAUAUAAGGGGACGGGCCCAAUGAAGGCAAUGGGACAAUCAAAGGGGGUGGGCUACAAAUGCAGAAUGGGGUUCUCAAAGGGGAAGGGUUCCCUAAGGGGGACAGGGUGCUUAGAGGAGAUGGGUUCCCAAAGGGGGAUGGGGUGUUCAGAGGGGUGUUGGUCCUCAAAUGGAUAUGGUUCCAUUUGGGCGUCAGGUUCCUUAAUGGGGUACAAAUCCUCACAGGGGGAGGGUUCCUCAAAGGGGUCAGAAUCCUAAUGGGGUUUGGGGUCCUCA